GAUCCAGCUGGGUAUCUUACACAGGUGUCGUGCAAUUGACGCAAUGAAAGUACGGUCACGUGUUCGACGUGUCGCGCUAACUUCCCCACAACGCGUCUGGCGCAUCUACGCAACUCUACACAAACUUUCUUACCUGACAUCAACACAACGUCACCGAGAUGUCGAAACAAGGCACCGUUGUAGAGCAGAAGCAGUUCUUCCUGCAAGCAAAAAAGCACCACCUGUCACGCCCGAUCGUGCCCUCACAGCGACUGAAGACAAUUGCAGAGGAUGGAGGUAUUGAGCUCGGCGUGGUCAAGGGCGCCUUGGACAAGGUCAACCGCGACCUGAAGCAGCACUCGCGCAAAGUCUAUAGCCGGCAAAUGAUUGACCAUAUUGUUGACCAAAUUGACGAGCUGUACUGGCAAUCGGGUGCUCGAGACAUUGACGAUGAGGAUGACGACGCAGCGCCUGAAGAUGAUGGCAACACACUGUACCAGAACGACAAUCUUACCCUCGACGAGAAUAUUGCCAAGCUGCCCAAUGUCUGGGACACUUCCUCGGAUUCUACAACCUCUCGCGACGUCGAUCAGGAUGACUACACCGCCGCCCUCGCCCGCCUGCAAGAUCUCUCAGCGCAGCGCCUCUCCCUGCAAACGAAGCUGACCACAUAUCGCACGCUCCUCUCGCUGCUCGAACCGUACCGCAAGCCGAAGGAGAACAUACAACCGAAUUUGGUUUGGAGGGAUGCGCCGCUUGCGCCAGAGCUGGCAAAGACAAGGACGCUGGCCAUACGGGUUGCUGGGAGGGUGGGCGAGAAGCUGGGCGAUGUGCAAGUUCCAGCUACCGCAGACGAAGAUGGUGAUGUCGAUAUGCUGGCUUUGAAAGGACAGGGCAAGAAGAAGCUAGACGCAAUUCUAGCUGGCUGGUGAUGUGGUAGACAAGCGGUGUUCGUUGUACCGCCGUGAAGUAACACUCGCACUUGACCGGAGUUUGGGCUGGAUUUAGGCAGGCAUGUCUUGCUAUUGCUAUCUUGAGACGGCGGGCGCGGUCGUCCACUGUUAUAAGUCUCCCGUUGCGUUCUGCAACGACAGGACCAUUCACACACGCCCAUCGUUAA